CCGUAUUCUUCCUCUUCCCCAGUGAUCUGGACUUAGGCCAGGACACCGGGAAGAAGGAUUGGCCACUCUGUUCCCUGGAGAUCCCGAGCCUUAGGAUUCAGCGCUGUCCUUCACGAGCCUCAGUUCGGCGCGUUUCAGGCCCCGCCCUCUGAGCGUUUAGGCUCCGCCCCUCUUUCGGGUGAUAACGGAGGACUUUCAGGCAGGCGGCCCUGGAGAUCACUGCUCGCUACUGUGGCCGGGAGCUGGAGCAGUAUGGCCAGUGUGUGGCAGCCAAGCCUGAGUCAUGGCAACGAGACUGUCACCACCUUAAGAUGAGCAUUGCUCAGUGCACGUCCGCCCACCCAGUCAUCCGGCAGAUCCGCCAAGCCUGUGCGGAGCCUUUUGAGGCCUUUGAGGAAUGUCUUAGAAAGAACGAGGCAGCCGUGGGCAACUGUGCAGAACAUGUGCGCCGCUUCCUGCAGUGUGCUGAGCAGGUGCAGCCGACACACACCUCCUCUACCGCAGAGGCACAGCCACUUCCUGCCUCCUGAGGACCCUUCAGACCGCAGGAGAACUGGACAUGAGCGACUGCGCUUGAUGCCUCCACCCCUGAAGCAUGGCCAGGUGGAGUCCUGAGGGCUGUGGACAUGGGCCUGGCUUCCCUGGACAUCAAGGCUCACAAUAAAUAAAGACUCUACA